GUUGAGCAGCAAUAGAUUAUGCUAAAUUCAAUACAACAUCAUACUGCUCGGGUGGUUAGUUGACCUGGCGCGCAAGCCGGGGUGCUCAUUGUCCGCUCAGGAACCCCCGAAAAGCUAGGAAUUAUAAGAUGGGGGCAAUAUGACAUAACGGGCAAGCGAGAACUGUGCUCUCCGGGGGCUGCGGUUUUAGAAAGCCAGGAAUCGCUGGCUAGCAGCAGCUAUUGUCACGCCUACCUUGGAUAACAUGAAGCAAGCCGCACAGCGCUGCUCUGCGGCAGCGUCGGAGGCCAGCGUCAGCUGCGUGAGAGCAACGGAGCGACUCGCUCACGCGCGUCUGCGCCUGGAGACCAGGGUGAGGCCAUCUGCAGCAAUAUCAAGCGCCGCUGGACUGGCGAGCUGGCCGUCUCAGCCCAGUUUCAGACGCGCGACGCAUGCGCGCGAACCGCAUCUGCGCCGCGCCGCUGCGUCCGCGCGCUCCUCGGGAGGCGGCUCCGAGCUGCCGCAGGACUGGACACAGGUGGUGUCGUGGGCGCGGGAGGAGUUCCGGCGCUGUGUGGGCUCGCCCGGCCCCGGACCCAGCCACCUGCCCGACAGCGGCGUGCACCUGGCCAAGGCCUGCCUGCUGGUGGCCCUGGAGGAGGAGGCGGCCCGCAGCGGCGACGGCGUGCACCCCGAGCUGACCGAGCUGGUGGCGGCCAUGACGCAGCUGAGGCCUCGCUCCACCUCCAGCGCCAGCACCUGGUCGGGCGAGCGGCUGGAGGCGCUGGCGGCAGAGGUGGCGGCGGUGCUGGACGGCGCGCUGGAGGAGCGGGCGGCGCUGGAGGGGCUGCAGCACGCGGCGGCGGCCAUGGCGGCGGCGGAGCGGCGGCGCGAGGAGUCGGAGCGGCGGGCGGCGCAGGGCCUGCCGCCGCUGGAAGACGAGGACGAGGAGGAAGAGUGGGAGGGGGAGGGCGAGGGCGAGGAGGCAGAGGGCGGGCAGCGGCAGGGCGGCGCGGCAGGGGGCUUUGGGCGAGGCGGCCAGGCGCGGGGUCUGGAGCGGGUGCGGUGGGGGACGGGGACGGGGUCUGGGUCGGAGUCUGGGGAGGAGCAGGCGGUGACGCCGCAGCCCUCGCCCUCCGCUGCCUCGGAUGAAGACUCCGUGGCGGCGACAGGCAGUAGCAGCAGCGGCCGCAGCGGCAGCGGCAGUAGCGCCCCGAGUGCCACCGCCAGCCCCAGCCCGGGCUUCGAUUUUGCCAUGGGCACCCCACACAACAGUCCCGGCGAGGGCAGCGCGAGCAACCCCGAACCCGGAUCGGGCGCCGGCGGCAGUAGCAGCAAUCCCAGCCCCGGCGGUGGCGCGAGCAGCACGGAGGCUACUGCCGCCGGCAGUAGCAGCGCCGGCGAAGGCGAAGAUGGCGAGAAGCUGUCUGUGGAGGCGCUGUCGGGCAGCUUUGAUUUCGAGGCGGAGCAGGAACAGCUCCUGGAUCGGAUCCAUUCAAACAAGCCGGGAGCGGUUGGCGGCAGCAGCCGCAGCAGCCGUACAGGCGCGGGCGGUAAGAGCGCAAGUCGGCCGUACUACGGCGCCGCCUGGCCGGUACGGCGGCGGCUGUACGGGCGGCGGCAGGCGCUGUACCGGCGGUACCCCGUACAGACGCUGGCGGCGGUCAACGAGGUGUUGUUUGACCGGCACGGCUACCAGGCCUGCAACCGUUAUGGCGUGCCCAGCGACCACCAGCUGGCGGCGGUGCUGGAGGGCGGCGUGGGCGCCAGUGCGGCGCUGUCCAUACUGUACCUGGAGGUGUGUGAGCGGCUGGGCUUCCCACUGGCGGCGCGGCCCCUGGAGGACGGCCGCUACUUUGUGGUGUGGCCGCUGGAGGCGCCGCUCACAGCCGACGGCCAGCGCUUCCUGGUGGACCCCUACGGCCGCGGCGGCCUGCUGCUGCUGCAGGAGGUGUGUGAGAUAUUCGGUGUGGAGGAGUCGUCGCUGUUGGAGCGGCCCGCCUCCCGCCGCCAGCUGCUGGCGGCGCUGCUGGGCGAGCUGCGCGACGCGCACUGGGCGGCGGCGGCUGGCUGCCCGCCCAACCCCGGGUCCAUGACGCCGCUGAGCGCCGCCAGUGCGCUGGAGAACAAGGUCCAGGUGCCCGGCAGCGGCGUGCGUGCGGCCUCGCUGCGGCGGGCGCUGGCGGCGGCGGAGAAGCGCCUGUGGCUGCUGCCCGACGACCCUGAGGCCCAGCUGCAGUACGGGCUGCUCAUGUACUUCUCACGCCGCUACGACGACGCCUGGAUAGAGCUGUCCCUGUUCCUGGAGCGCUUCGCGCCUUCGCCCGCACCGCCGGUUUCGGACGUGCCUAGCAGCACCAUCAGCACCAUCAGCAGCAGCAGCAGCAGCAGCAGCAGCAGCAGCGGGGGCAGCAGCGGAGCAACUAGCUCGCACGCGGACGGCACCGCUGCGGCCGCCAGCCCUGACGUUGCUGCCGCUGGGAGCAGCGCCGCCGCAGGAGCGGCAGCAGCAGGGUUAGGAUCUUCGGCGGUGGCAGUGGGUGUGGUGGUGCAGACGGAGCAGGAGGGCAGGUGGGAUCAGGAGGAGGCGGGCCGGCGGGAAGCGCGCGGCGACAACGGAAGCGUCGACGCGUUCGAAGCGCGAGCUCGUACUCUGGACUCGGAACUUCCCAACGGAAAGGGCAGCAGCAGCGGUAGCAGUAGCCAUGGCAGCAGCAGUAGCCAUGGCAGCAGCGAGGCCGGGCUCGACAGCAACACCGGCAGCAGCAGUAAUGGAGACAUCAAUGGCAGUAGUGCCGUCGGGGAAAUCGGUGACUUGCACCAGGCUGUAGCAGCCAGCUUGGAGCAGCAGCAGCUGCAGGUGGCGGGCGGCGAGGCUGGGGGCAGCGCGGUGCCGGUCAGUGCCUCCUCCUCUUCAGGUGGCGAUAUCAGCGGCAGUAGCGGCAGUGGCAGUAGCAACAGUGGCAGUAGCAGCAGUGGCAGUGGCAGUAGCGCUAUGGUGCAGCAGGUGCGGCUGCUGGUCGAGAAGAUUCGUCUCGAGCUCGAUUUUGCUCCCGCCGUGCCGCCGCGGCUCUCAAGCGGUGGCACGUGAUUGAUCUGCGUGACGUGCCUUACACUGAGAGUAUCCUUUGCACUGUGCGGAAUGGCACUGAAAGACACAAUAGGGGGGUGGCUGGGGCGUUUUCCUUGGGCAGCCGCGGGCGGAUCAACAUCCAGGAUGUUCGAACUAGACCAAUUUUGGUGUGUGGUUUUGUACGUGUCUCUGCGUUUAUCUCGCCCUCCGAUCAGCAGCUACGAGCGUGUGCAGACAUUUCAUGUUCACACACCAGUGAUGGUCAGGGUUGGUGACGGGUGAGCUGUUGAUUGAAUGUUUAGCAGCUUCAAGCACACGAGAGGGAGCCCACGUGGCGGAUUUAUUGUGUGGUGCGGUGUCGGGUCAAGCUUUGUUAAUGCCGUACGUGUCACUCGUUUGUUCCAUUCCUGUUUGGCUGUGUGUGGGGGUGGGGGCGGGCGGAGGACGGUAGUCACGCGAUAGCGAACACGAGCAAAUGCAAAACCUAGGAGUCAGGGGAGCCUGAUAGCAGUACUUGCUGGGAAUGCGGUACGGAACAAGCAUGAUAGACUGAUCGAGAAUACAACUUCAAGGUUCCACGGCAUGAUAAAUUGCCCAUACCGAGCAACACCGAGUGGUGCGAGGUCCGGAAAAAGAAAGGUUGUCCUCAAGGUAGAUGUGUGAGUGUGACAGGGAAGGGGAGUGUGACGUGGGCGCCUGACGUGCGGCUACGCUGCGUGUCAGGUGCUGGCAGUGCGUAGCCUGCAGUGGACCACAAAAACACCUGUUCGUUUGCAAGAGGCGUGUGGGAUAGCUGUAAGAAAGCUUUGCUUGAGCAUGGGCUGCUCAUCGAGGAACGACGCCGUUGCUUGAUCCGGAAGGUGGGAAGCUCCGCACACGCUUGUCCCGUGCGACCUCAAAGGCUGGACUUGGCCCCUUGUCCUCUCUGUA